CCUCGACUUUGACAUUCUAUUUAAUAUUUCCAGCUAGUUGGGUCUCGCAGCACAAAAACUAGUGUUUUAUCCAAUUGAUGCAUUAAUUAUCCAAAAGAUUGUCUAAAUUUCUUGACGUUCGUUCAUUGGCUUGCUUACAAAGUUCAAGCAAACGCCUAACCCAGUCAGUUGCAGUCGCAGGAGCAGGAUCAGGAGAAAUGGCGCAAGAAAAUGUUUCUACGUAUAAGCCAGCUCCCCGAAAGGUGGACAUUCUACUAAUGGACCAAAUGGAGGCAGAAGAUGCAUUGAAUACAUUCGCCAAGUACAGAAGCCGCCUGGAUCAAUUUUUUGAGGAUAAUCAUAACAAAGGAACUGACAACUUUAUGGGCAUUACCCAUUAUCACAUCAUGGAUAUCGUCAAGCGAGACGUCGCGAAUGCUAUGAUGCGAAAACUGCCAAAAGUGUAUGGCGACGGCCGGACUUUAUAUUGUGUGCUAUUUAUAAACGCUCUACUGCCAUUGUGGAUUGUACGUCUCUUAAUGGAUACAUUCAACAUUAGUACUGAGGAGGAGGCAGUGCAACAGAUCAAGGACCAAUUGGAGUAUGGUCAUUAUAUGAACACCAUAAAUAACGUGCCUCUGGAACCAGAUCUACAAGAACUAGAAGAUACGCUUUUCCAGUAGGUGUGGAGUUGGCUGAUCAAUACACUCCUCGUCAUGCUCACGACAUGCGUUCUAGUCCCGUUUAGAGUCUCGGACAAUCACUUUUGAAUUAUUCGUGUGUGCCGCUCUAAUUUCACUUAUGUAUAAUAAUAAUAUCCACCCACAUACAAUAAAUCUGUGAAUUUAAAAGUGA